CAGGCUUUAGUUAUGGAUGAAGAAGUAUUUAGCCAGAAGGAUCAUGAACUGCAGAUACUGCAGAAUCAGAUAAAGACAUUACUACAGGAGAAUGAAGAACAACUAGAACGUUUAAAGGAGGCUCAAGAAACACAUAGAUUACAGAAUGAGAAAAUGGUGGAACAGCAAAUGCUUAUUGAUCAGCUAAAAGAAAAAUUAGAGAAGUUUACAGAUGUGAAAACUUUGGACUUCUCAAGUGCUUGUGGAGGUGGGCCAGCUGUUGUGGCAUCUGCAAGGAGACCAUACAGUGUCCCACUCACAAAGAGUCUGCUACGCUCCCUUCACCCAUCUUCAGGGACUGAGACCCGACAGGUGUAUACCAGCCCCCCUGCCUUCUCCCUGGCCCGGUUAAUGGCAGAAUUCCGUGCUCGCAGCCAGAUGAUACUGAGCAACAUAGAAGGUCAGGAUAAAGUCCUUCACUGCCACCUCUCUGAUCAGAGUGAUGAAGAAGAAGAAAAUACAGGCACCAAAAAGAAAACCUCAUUUAAGCAUUCCAUAAACCGAACAUGGACACAAAAACAGGCUUCUCUAUGUUUUUUUCCUGAUCUAAGUGACGUGAAGUGUCAAGUAGACAAAUCUGGUUUAUCUAACAGAUCUGCACUACAGACUGACACAAUCACAGGUGAAGAGAUUGACAGCCUCCAGAAAAGUCAUGUUUUUAACAUGCAGAAGUUAAAGCGUUCAGAAUUGAGACUCACUGAGGCCGAGCAAAAAAUAAGAGAACUUGCACUUAAUAUCAAAAUGAAAGAGGAACUUAUUCAGGAAUUAGUAAGAACAGGUAAGGAUGCUCGGUCUGUAAGCAGGCAAUAUUCUUUGAAGAUAACUAAACUGGAGCAAGAAUCUGAGCAGGCAAAAAUGGAACUGGCUGAAACACAAAAGCGGCUUCAGGAGCUGGAGAGUAAGGAGCUGAGAGACAUUCCUGAGAAAGCCAAGUUACAAAAAGAGUUCCGGAAGAAGAUGGAUGCAGCUAAGUUGAAAGUGCAGGCCUUACAAAAGAAGCAGCAAGACACUAAGAAUCUGGCUUCGUUAUCUAACCAAAGUGAGAGACAAGCAACAGAACUUGAGCAGAAUGUGGCUCAGAUGAAGCAUCAGCAGACCCAGCUACAGAAGAGACUGUGUGAGGAGAGUGAAAAAAAGAAGCAACUAGAAGCAGAGAUUCAGCGGGACCAGCAACAAAUUAAAGAACUUCAACUAAAGAUGGAGCAACAACAGAAGAUCCUUAAACUUAAGGAUAAAGAGAUUGCUGCAUUUAAAAAGAAAAAAAAUAACUCAGUGGGAACUUCACAGAAGCUACAGAAAUUAGAAGAGCGAAAGAAAUGGCUGGAUGAAGAAAUGGAAAGAAUUCUCCAACAGCACCAACAGUUAGCAGAACUAGAAGAAGAUUUAAAGAAAAGAGAAGCCAUUGUAGCCAAAAAAGAAGCAUUAUUGCAAGAGAAAAGCCACCUGGAAAUCAAGAAACUGAGAUCUAGCCAGGCUUUAAACAAAGAUAGUAUGAAAUUGUCUACUCGCUUAAGUAUGCUGGAUCAGGAACUGUGUGAUAAAGGUAUGCAGCUUCAGGGCAGCACCACUGAAGAUAAGACAGACAUUUUGGAAAAAAUUCAGGUUCUUCAGACUGAAAGGGAUCAGCUGCUCAGAAGAAGAAAUAGUGUGGAUGAAAAACUAAAAGAUGGUAAAGUGUUGUCAACUGAAGAAGAACACGUCCUUUUCCAGCUGGAAGAAGGAAUUGAAGCCCUGGAGGCUGCUAUUGAUUACAAGAAUGAAAGUAUUCAGAAUCGCCAGCACUUACUUAGGUCAUCUCAGAUUCUUUCACAGAGCGAGAAUAAUGUAAUAGGAAAACUAGUUUCCCUAUCUGCUGCUGAGCUCAGAGCUAUCAUCUUCAAAUAUUUCAACAAGAUUGUUGGCCUACGUGAGUCUGAACGUAAAUUACAACUGCAGAUUGAAGAACAGGAAAUGAAGGUCAUAGACCAGGAAAACAUAGUUCGUGAAUUAGAAUCUGCACUUGAGCAUGUCAAGUUGCAGUGCGACAGGCAGCUGACCCUACAGCACAAAGAACAUGAGAAAAAACUACAGUUAAUACUGUAUCAUUUCAAAGAACAAGAUAGUGAAGGUAUUGCUGAAACCUUGAAAGGGUAUGAAGUAAAAGUCCAGCAACUGGAAAAGGACUUAUUUUUCUAUAAGAAAACCAGCAGAGAGCUGAAGAAGAAAUUGAAGGGCCUCUUUGGAGAGUCAUCCCAUCAGUUAUUGGCAUCCACUAAAUAUAACAGUUCUGGUGACAAGGCAUCCAGUCAAGAUGGAGCAGAAAUUGCUUCUGAAGAGUUCAAGUUGACACUUAACCCUGAAACCAACAGUCAAACAAGGAAAAUAAAAGAAACAGAUAGAACAAGUGUUUUAAGAGCACAGCAGAAUUCAUACAAGCUUGGAGAAGAUGUUUCAGAAUUUGGGUUCAACAAAGAAUGUUUGUCGAGCAGUAGUGAUGACAAAACAGGAACAGAUGAAGCUCAGCCUUCAGAAUCUCAUCCUCAGCUACCUUCUGUCAUCCAGAGAAGAGAGACCGUAACACAGUUUCAAGGAGUAACUCCAGUAAAAGUAUCUCGCCGAGAGCUACGUCAUAUUCCUCCCUCUGAAUUAUCUUUGAGACGCUCAAGCCUUGGAGUUGGUGUCAGUUUUACUGCUCCAGAUUCCAUCAAAAUAGACAAAAAGUCCAAUGUCACUAAGAUGUAG